AUGGAUAAAGGUCUAUACUUGAAAGAAAAUUCAAGCUAAUUGGAUCUAUUGCCAAUUCCAGAUAAAAUUUUAAAUAAUAGCUACUCACUUGAGUUCUGUAUAUAUUUCGCAUCUGAUAUUACAACUGAUUCUGUAAUCUUAAAGCUAUCACAGUUGUUUAGCAUAAAUGUACAAAGUUUAGAUAAGAUAAAAUUCAACUCCAAGUCACUAAAUAGUCCAAAUUCACUAGCUUUGUAGCUCAAUAAAUGGGAUUGUAUGAUAUUUGCUUCAUCACCUGACGAUGGACUUGAUAGAAGCUAUCAUUGCUCUGAAAAUUAACCCAGCUUUAAGUGCAAUUAAGGUAGUGGAAAUAUGGUCAAUUCCUAAUAUCUAAAUAAUUCUUUUCUGACUAUUGGACAAAGCAAUAAAAAUUACAAUGGAUAUAUUAGAAACUUGAAGCUCUACUCACUUUAUAGAUCGGUUGGAUCAACUAUUAGAGAAUAAGUCAGUGGAUAGCAACUAGACUUCGAAAAAGCAGGUUUUAAUUGGAUUGCUCUACCAAUACGGCCAGUAAUAUGCAAUGGAGAUUCAUUAUAUAGCUACAGAGAUGGUGCAGACUACUGUUAAUAGCUUUUUAAAAUGAGUAUUUCAAGCAGAUUAGUUGUAGAUAUUAUGGAGGAAUCAAUCAAAUUUUAAUUAUAAGGUAAAAAGACACAAAAUUUCACAAUCCUUUUCAACUAUAACGACGAAAAUUCCAAUAGAUGGAAUAUAUUUUUCUUCAGAAUUUGUGAUACUUAUGCUGAUGCUCAGAUAGGAAUAUAUUAUAAAAAUUAAUCAAAUGGAUAAUUAGUAGAUGAUAAGAGGAUUUAGGCAAAAAUUAAGAGUGACCUCUUUUACAACGAAAACCUUUAUUAAAACACUCUAUAAAAAUGGAAAUUCAACAUAGAUGAUAAUUAAACUAACAAAAUAUAUCUGCGAGAGAUUUAGUUCUACUCAAAUGCAGUUUCUAAACAUUGGGUGCUAAACACUGGAUUCAUACUAGGGUUCUGA